ACUGCGGCACUACGUAGCUGAUUAAAUUUGGGGACACACACAUUUUGAAGUGGUAGCUAAUUAACAAGAGUCUACGGUGUACGAUGCGGGUGAACCGAGUCGAACGUUUAGUGGAGGAGAAUAUCUGCGGCUACACCACCCGAGUUAUGCGAUCCGGGCGGAAACGCACCGCCGGGUUCGGCCUCCCAUUGGUGCGAAGUUCCCCGCGAAAAUAACGUCACUCGCAAUUUCGCGCCACAGUUUCUGCGAGUCGGACGUGCGAGGCGGUAGAACUUCUGACGACAAUGUCUUCGCCAACAUCAACCCCUGGUGGUCGUAAACGUGGGAGACUUGAAAAUCCAUCCACUCCUGUAGCUGCGAGUGCUGAUCCCAUCUCGCCACCAUCCCAACGGCGUAGAGUUCAGGACUCCUCCAAUGCAGACCUGCCGCCCAUGCCAACCUCUCCGGCCACUGAUAUGCCCAGUCCUGCGGUGGUGCAAGACACGUCUUUGUUUUCAAGCCCGCGCCACUCAGUCCUUCCCAGUGAAGCUGAUGUGAGCUCCCCUCUGAUGUAUGGGACUCCCAGUUCUCGGGUGGAGGGAACCCCACGCAGCGGCGUGCGCGGCACCCCAGCCAGACAGCGACCUGACCUGGGCUCAGCGAGGAAGGCCCCACAAGUGGAUCUUCACUCUGAGACAACGGGUGCUGAUGGGGCCACAGCCAGUGAGCAAAACACAGGCCAGAGACUGGUUAUCUGGGGCACUGAUGUCAAUGUGAAGACGUGCAAGGAGAAGUUUCAGAGGUUUUUGCAGAGAUUUAUUGACCCAACCUGCACUGAGGAUGAGAAUGCCGGAUUCAACCUUAACGAUCCACUGUACAUGCAGAAGUUGGAAGAGAUCAGUGUUGUUGGUGAACCUGUACUGAAUGUGAAUUGCGGCCACGUGAAUUCCUUUGAUGCAGAACUUUACAGGCAGCUCAUCUGCUAUCCACAGGAAGUCAUCCCAACCUUCGACAUGGCGGUCAAUGAGCUAUUUUUUGAGCGCUUCCCAGACUCUAUUCUGGAGCACCAGAUCCAAGUACGCCCUUACAACGCUCUGAAAACCAGAAACAUGAGGAGCCUCAACCCAGAGGACAUUGAUCAGCUGAUUACCAUUAGUGGCAUGGUGAUUCGUACAUCUCAGCUGAUCCCCGAGAUGCAGGAGGCCUUCUUCCAGUGCCAGGUGUGUGCCUAUAACACCCGUGUAGAGGUGGAUCGUGGGCGCAUCGCCGAGCCUGCCGUGUGUCGCAACUGCAACAACACCCACAGCCUGGCACUCGUCCACAAUCGCUCAGUCUUCUCGGACAAACAGAUGGUAAAAGUCCAGGAGUCUCCUGAAGAUAUGCCUGCCGGUCAGACCCCUCACACUACCAUUAUCUAUGCCCACAAUGACCUAGUUGACAAAGUGCAGCCAGGAGACCGCAUUAACAUCACUGGUAUCUACAGGGCAGUCCCCAUGCGUGUGAACCCUCGUCAGAACAACGUGAAAUCCGUGUACAAGACUCACAUCGAUGCCAUCCAUUUCCGCAAGACUGAUGAGAAGCGCCUGCAUGGCUUGGAUGAGGAGACUGAACAGAAGCUCUUUACGGAAGCCCGCGUGAAGACCCUGAAGGAGCUGGCAGCCAAACCGGAUGUGUAUGAACGCUUGUCUUCUGCCCUUGCACCAAGCAUCUAUGAACACGAGGACAUCAAGAAGGGCAUCUUGCUGCAGCUUUUCGGAGGUAGCCGCAAGGACUUCAGCCAGACAGGCCGGGGCAACUUCCGCUCGGAGGUUAACAUCUUACUCUGUGGAGACCCUGGCACCAGUAAGUCGCAGCUGCUGCAGUAUGUGCACAACCUGGUGCCCCGCGGCCAGUAUACAUCAGGAAAGGGCUCCAGUGCCGUGGGUCUCACAGCCUACGUGAUGAAGGACCCAGAGACCAGGCAGCUGGUCCUGCAGACAGGAGCGUUGGUGCUGAGCGACAACGGCAUCUGUUGCAUUGAUGAGUUUGACAAGAUGAGUGACAGCACGCGCUCUGUGCUGCAUGAGGUCAUGGAGCAGCAGACCCUCUCUAUUGCCAAGGCUGGAAUCAUUUGCCAGCUGAACGCUCGCACCUCCAUCUUGGCUGCCGCCAACCCUGUCGAAUCCCAGUGGAACCCCAAAAAGACCACAAUUGAAAACAUUCAGCUCCCUCACACACUGCUGUCAAGAUUUGAUCUCAUCUUCCUGAUGUUGGAUCCUCAAGAUGAGGCAUAUGACCGCAGACUGGCCCACCACUUGGUGUCCCUCUACUACCAGAGUGAGGAGCAGAUAGAGGAGGAAUUCCUCGACAUGGCUGUGUUGAAGGAUUAUAUUGCCUAUGCACGAACCUACGUAAACCCAAGACUGCAUGAGGAAGCUAGCCAGGCACUUAUUGAGGCUUAUGUGGACAUGAGAAAAAUAGGCAGUGGCCGAGGCAUGGUGUCCGCCUACCCACGACAGCUGGAGUCCCUCAUCCGCCUGGCAGAAGCCCAUGCAAAGGUGCGCUUCUCUGACAAGGUGGAGACCAUCGAUGUGGAGGAGGCCAAGAGGCUGCAUCGUGAGGCCCUCAAACAGUCGGCCACAGACCCCAGGACAGGAUUCGUUGACAUCUCGAUUCUCACAACAGGCAUGAGUGCUACAGCCCGCAAGCGCAAGGAGGAGGUGGCCCAGGCCCUAAAGAAACUGAUCCAGUCCAAGGGAAAGACGCCUGCUAUGAAAUACCAGCAACUUUUUGAUGACAUCAGAGCACAGUCUGAAGCUGCAAUUACAAAGGAGCUCUUUGAGGAGGCGCUGAGGGCCUUGGCGGAUGAGGAUUUCUUGACCGUCACUGGAAAAACUGUCCGCCUGCUUGCCUAGGCACAGCCUGCAGUUAUGUACAGACGUUCAUUUCAGACCCUGCGUUGACCACACACUUGCGUUGUAAAAAUUAUUGUACAUUAGGAUACCCUUGUUUUUCUUCUGCGUGCUUCAGAUGAUUGAAUACUGACUGGCUUUUGGAGACUUGAUACAGAAUUGCCAAGGACACGUUCAAAGUUAAGUUAUAUCGUGGCAUAAAAAUGUUGAAUGGCAUCAGCAAUAUUGGAAUAGUUUCUCCAAGAGAUAAAUAAUGGCUAUGCUCAGUGUUUUCCCCAACUUGUGUUGUUGUUUUGUUUUUUAUUUUGUUUUUUGUUUUUUGCUUUACUUGGUGCCUGUAUCUGGUAAUUGUAAAGGUUCAUUGCAUACAGUAUACGCCCCCCCCCCCAGUCUUCUGACCUUAGACACACUUUGACUUGUACAAGGUAGCGACUGAGCCUUUGACCCCCUCAUAUUUCUGAGGUCUCAUUAAGCAAGAUAAACACGUGUUAGACUUGUCAUAUUCCAAGUAUAUUUACAUUUUCAAAUGGAACUAAAUUUAACCCAAGUUGUACCUUUUGAGUAACCAUUUCGGCUUGCAGCGUCAACAUGUCCCCUGGCACAAUAAACUGUUUUCUAUUGUAUCCAGGCAUUCUGACACUUCCAUUUCUCCCAUUAGUUAUUAGUUGUGUUUCAUAAUAAACUCCUUUUUGUGCACAGCUUAAUACGGGCUGCAAAUCUUGUUACUGGUGACUUUAUAGAGGAAAUAAAA